AGGACGCCCCUCGUCCUCGCGCAUACGCAUAGCCCAUCCACCGCCCACCCACAAAUCCCACUAAUUAAUCCGGAAUUAUCGCCAAAAAGGGACACAACAACGCGGGCCACGUUUUCCCGCGAGCAGGAACGAUGACGUAUGGACGUUGUCUCACCUUGCAACUCUGCAGCCGACCGUCAGCGCGUCAUAACAAGAGAAAUGGACAAGGGAACGCACGGAGGACAAGAAUCUCGCACAAGAUGGUCGCCUCCUCGUGUUCUUCUAUCGGCGCUCUGCAACGGCUGCCUCAGCCCCAGUCCUUUGUCCAACGCAGGUCACGCACCAGAACAAGUCCGAGCCAACAACAGCGGGGACCGGGGGAUUAAAGACGGUUGGCGCUGGCAGCGUGCUCCGAGUCUAGUAGGCGGCAGGGAAUGUGGUUCUCUGGGUGAGGAGAGCAAAGGGUGUGUCGGUCGCGCCUUGAGGCGCUUGUGCGGUGCGACGCCGGGGAUAUCAACCUUGUACACACAUCCUGCAGGCAUGCUUCCACAUCGAAAUUCAGUUCAUUUCCCAAGGGUUUCGAGGUCCCCUCUGCUAUCGUCCUUCCGCCGUAAGGGAAGCCUCUUUGGCUUCCGGUAUCUAGCAAUCUACAUUAUGAAUCUGACCCCCUCCCCCUCGACCCCUCGUCUGCAUUCCAGGACGAGCAGCGGCUGACAGGUCCCUCGCAGCCUUCAUCAAUCUCCGAGUCCGAAUUUCCACCACCUCGCGCCCUCUGCACGCGCCCGGCCGGAUGACGGUCGGCGACAACACCACUUCUCGCACUUUCCUUUUCCUUGACGUAUGCAUCGAUGGAAAGCGGCCGAUUGCCGAGCCCUUCACUAGACUGAAGACCUGGAAACACAGAAUCGUAAUGCACAAGCCCAUCACUGAUGCUCUUCCUCAUCUGAAUUCUGAGGUACCCCCCUUAUCGUCCAUCAAUCGCGCCCAUCGCACCCAGUUGGGAGCUGGCUGGGGGGCGCGUUCGACGAG